CCCGUGAUCCCCCCUGCCCCCCCCAGGCGCGGCAGCGGGAGAAGAUGAACGACGAACACAACAAGCGGCUCUCGGAGACGGUCGACAAGCUGCUGUCGGAGUCCAACGAGCGGCUGCAGCUGCACCUCAAGGAGCGAAUGGGAGCCCUGGAGGAGAAGAACACGCUGAGCGAGGAAAUUGCCGACAUGAAGAAGCUGCAGGACGAGCUGCUCUUGAACAAGGAUCAGCUGCUGGCAGAGAUGGAACGGAUGCAGAUGGAAAUCGACCAGUUGCGGGGCCGACCCGUCUCCUCCUACUCCAGGUCCCUGCCGGGCAGCGCCCUGGAGCUGCGCUACUCCCAGGGCCCCGCCUUGCCCGCAGACCCCUACGCCGGCGCCCCCCGCAGGCACAAGAAGGGGCGCUGGGCCGUCAAGGAUGAAGCCACUAAGGCCCCCCAGGAGUGGGAGCGGGCGCAGCAAGCAGGGGGGCUGGCCCAGCCCUUCGAGGGGGGGCUGGACGGGUCGGACGAGGAGGAGCGCGACCCCCUCUUCGGCUCGGCCGACCUGCUCUCACCCAGCGGGCAGACGGACGUGCAGACGCUGGCCAUCAUGUUACAGGAGCAGCUGGAGGCCAUCAACAAGGAGAUCAAGCUGAUCCAGGAGGAGAAGGAGUGCACGGAGCUGCGGGCCGAGGAGAUUGAGAGCCGGGUCAGCGGUUCAGCGCUGGACGGGUCCCUGGGCCGGUACCGGGCCGGCGCCUCCAUCCCCCCGUCCGUCACCAGCUCCACCCUGGCCAGCCCCUCGCCCCCCAGCAGCGGGCACUCCACCCCCCGCCUGGCGCCCCACAGCCCCGCCCGCGAGGGAGACAGGAUGAACCACGUGCCCAAGGAGGAGGGGCGUGGGGCGGAGGAGAAGGCCCUGGUGCCCUGUGAGACGCCGCCCCCCGCCACCCCCCGCACCGCCCGGCUGGAGCGGGUGAGCCAGGCCCUGGCGCUGCAGGCCGGAGCCCUAGAGGACGGCCGAGACCUGAGGGCAGGGCUGGGCUCCGACGGCGCCAACAGCAGCCAGGAUUCGCUGCACAAAUCCACCAAGAAGAAAAGCAUCAAGUCGUCCAUCGGGCGCCUCUUCGGGAAGAAGGAGAAGGGACGGCUGGGCCCCCCAGGCCGGGACUCCCCCUCCCUGCCCGGGACCCCGUCGGACGAGACGUCCCCCGCGGACCCCCUGGGUCUCUCGAAGCUGGCUGGGCCGGUGGACAAGGACCGACGGAACAAGAAGAAGCACGAGCUGCUGGAGGAGGCCUGUCGCCAGGGCCUGCCCUUCGCCGCCUGGGACGGACCCACCGUCGUGUCCUGGCUGGAGCUGUGGGUGGGGAUGCCGGCCUGGUACGUGGCCGCCUGCCGGGCCAACGUGAAGAGCGGGGCCAUCAUGGCCAACCUGUCGGACACGGAGAUCCAGCGGGAGAUCGGCAUCAGCAACCCACUGCACCGGCUCAAGCUGCGCCUGGCUAUCCAGGAGAUGGUGUCGCUCACCAGCCCCUCGGCGCCCGCCAGCACCCGGACGUCCACGAGCAACGUGUGGAUGACGCACGAGGAGGUGGAGUCGCUCACGGCCACAACCAAGCUGGAGAGCAAGGAGAUCAGCUGGGAGCAGAUCCUGGCCUACGGCGACAUGAACCACGAGUGGGUGGGGAACGACUGGCUGCCCAGCCUGGGCCUGCCCCAGUAUCGCAGCUACUUCAUGGAGUCGCUGGUGGACGCCCGCAUGCUCGACCACCUCAACAAGAAGGAGCUGCGGGGCCAGCUCAAGAUGGUCGACAGUUUCCACCGGGUGAGUCUUCACUACGGGAUCAUGUGCUUGAAACGCCUCAACUACGACCGCAAGGAGCUGGAGCAGCGACGGGAGGAAAGUCAGAACCAGAUCAAAGACGUGAUGGUCUGGUCCAACGAGCGGGUGAUGUGCUGGGUGCAGCUGAUCGGGCUGAAGGAAUUCGCCAACAACCUGGCGGAGAGCGGGGUGCACGGGGCGCUGCUGGCCCUGGACGACGCCUUCGACUGCAGCGACCUGGCCCUGCUCCUACAGAUCCCCACGCAGAACACCCAGGCGCGGCAAAUCCUGGAGACGGAAUUUGGGAAUCUCAUCGCUAUGGGAACGGACCGGAGGCUGGAUGAGGACAGCACCAAGACCUUCAGCCGCUCCCCGUCGUGGCGGAAGAUGUUCCGGGAGAAGGACCUGCGGGGGGUGAGCCCCGACUCGGCCGAGAUGCUGCCCCCCACCUUCCGCGCCACCGCCAUGGCGCCCCCCAGCGUGCAGCUCCGCAAGGUGCAGCCCGAAGGAAAUUCCCUGGCCAGCCAACGGGGGCGACGGCGUCUCGGUGCCGAACCUAUUCCUGCUAGCGCCGGGCGCCAGGGACCCAUGGACGGACACUGCUGCUGGAGGGGGGGGUUCUGCCCCCCCUCCCCACGACGAGGGGAGGGGCCUGCGUCUGUCCCCUCCCCCCAAAAAACCACUCCCGCCACCGCCUGCAGGGGGCGUUGCUGCUGCUGUGGGUGGGGGACACCCCCGGCCCUGUGGACACUGAGGAGGGACCGGGGGGCCGAGCCCCUCCCCGGGAAGGGGGAAUCCGGGGCAUGACCCCCCCCAUACACCUGUCUGUUUGGAGUUUUUGUUAUUGUUCUGUCAAGGGCGGGGGGCAAGAAUGUGAAUGGGGUUAAAGGCCCCCCCCAGCCUUGUAGCCCCCCUCCACACCUGGCCUAGAGCCCCCCAGCCUGAGCCCCCCCCCAUCUCCCCUCCCCUCUGGAUUUGUAGCCCCCAAGUCUGGUAUCUGCCCCCUCCCUCCCCCUCCGGUGGCAUCCUGUGUCCUCGCCUCACCCCAGGCCCUCAAAGGGUAACUCUGUGCUGGGAAUCUGCUGCUAAAAGUGGGGGGCCCCAUUUGACUCCCCCAAAUGCCAUCACCCUGUGGGCUGCUUCCUGCCCCCCUGGGCUGGACUACCCCUUGCUUUCCCCAGGCUGGGGGUUGCCCUUCCCUCCCUAAAGGGCAGACAACCCCGCCCCACAGCGGGGGGAGCAGCAGCUUGAAACAAAGGCUGCUCUGUUGGGGGGGGGGAUCCUCACACACACACCCCCCAGACUGUCACGGAGGGGGCUGGGCUCGGGGGGGGGGGAAAUCAAACCCUGGAGGGGGGACACUGAGGGUGCUAGCCUGGGGGCUGGGCCCAGGGGGCUCUGACCUGGGGAGGGUCGGCCCUGGGGGGGGUCCUGGCCCUGGGGGGGGCUCUGGCCCGGGCGCUGUACCAUAAGAGUUGUAUUUUCUGUGCAUAUCUGUGGCGUGGCUGCUGGUGGAAAUGACUUUUGCUGCCGUUUAACGAACCUUCGUUUAAGGCCCCCCUCCAGGUUAAUUUAAGUUUAUUUUGGGGCCCUGUUUUUAUUUGGGGGGGCAGGGGGGUUGCAUGAGGGGAAAAAACGGAGGAAAAACUUUACAAAAAAAAUGUAAAAAA